AUGGCAGCACGCUGCGACAUCCCAGAGCGGAUCCUGAGACGCGCAUGCAGUUUGGUUGGACUCUUGGCCUUCAGCACAGUCUCUCGGGCCUUCCUGGACGCAGCACGCAGCAGAGUCCGUUUGCAAGCGCCGCUGAUUUCGACAGCGCGCCAUGCUCCAGCAGCCACCCGGCUUGCAGCAAACGACGGCGAUAUGGAUAUGUUUGGCCAAGUUGCGGACUUGUUUGAGGGCCCUGCCUUCGAAGAAGGUGAGCAGUGGCGGGCCUUGACCAAAAUCAAGGUUCGUAAAGAGCCGAGCAUAAAUGCACCGCAGAUGGAGGACAAGGUCAUCGAGAAAGGUGAGACAUUCUACGUAGCUGAGAAGCGCAGGGCAAAGAUCCCAACAGGCGGCAAGAAUCGCUUGUAUCUGCGACUGGCGGCCGGCAAAGGAUGGGUCUUCGACCUCGGGGUGGCCGGCGAAUGGUAUGGAAAGCCUAUAGCCGAGCCUGUCUACGAGGAUGAAUCUGACGACAGCCCAAAUCCAUUCGGCGAGAUUGGUGAUGCGGUCGGCGGCAUGAUGCACUUUGUGGGCUAUGCGAACAUGGCUGCGGCUGUGUCGAAUGCUGGUGGCCUGGGGAUCAUCACAGCAUUGACGGUGGCCCAGCCCCCAAAGGGCAAAGAGGCUUUGCGAGACGAAAUCAGGAAAUGCCGCCAGCUGACAGACAAGCCGUUUGGUGUGAACAUCACGCUGCUGCCAGUAGGAGUUCCUCCGGACUUUGACGGCAUCGUGCAAGUGUUGAUCGAGGAGAAGGUCAAGGUAGUCGAAACAGCCGGGCGCAAUCCCGAGAAGGUGAUCAAACAGUGCAAGGACGCUGGCAUGUUCGUCAUCCACAAAUGUGUGGCGGUGAGGCACGCAUUGACGGCACAGAAGAUGGGUGCUGACAUGAUUUCGAUGGACGGUUUUGAUUGCGGCGGCCAUCCAGGCGAGGAAGACGUCGGAAACUGGGUGCUCUUGGCGCAGGCUUCGCAGGAGCUAUCCAUUCCCUUCGUCGCAAGCGGAGGCACUGCAACAGGCGUCCAGCUGGCUGCAGCGCUUGCCAUGGGUGCCGAAGGGAUCAACAUGGGGACACGCUUUAUGGCGACCAAAGAGGCACCCAUUGUACAGCCCAUCAAGGAUGUCAUGGUGAAGGCUAAAGUGACGGACACAACCCAUGUCUUCCGCAGCUUGAAAAACACCGAGCGGGUGUACAAGAACAAGACAGCUGCAGAGUCAGCCUGGUGGACGGCCAUUGGCUGCGCCUGUGGCGAGACUGGCUUCUGGAUGAUGGAUGAUCCGAGCAAACCCAAGGUGCUCAUCCACCCGAAUGAUGAACUGCAGUUCAUACCCAUGCUCACCGCCUGUCCAGAGUUGCUGCCGCUGCUUUACGCAGCUGGAGUGGCUUCUGCUGCUGCGCUGGCGGCCACAUGCAGCAUCGCUGCUCCAGAAGUGCAGGCUGCACUCCCAAAGGUGGCACGUGCUGCACCGAUCACAGGUGUCUUACUAGCGCGUGCAGACUAUGCUCAACUGCUUCACUGUCCAGACCUCUCGGACGGUACAUGGCACGAGGUGCCACUUCCGCAGGGCAUGCCCACCUAUCUUAGCUGCGCAGCAGCCUUCUAUCGGGACCACAUCUACAUAGUUGGUGGCGGUGCUCCAUAUUUGGAUGGGAAGGUCGUUCGAGCAACAUGCUACAAUUUGAAGGACGGCACCUGGUCGGAGCUGUCGCCGAUGCCGACAGCCAGGAGCCACUGUGCUGCUGUCGGCUGCUGUGGGAGGUUGAUGGUCAUUGGUGGCAAAGCAGAUGAUGACCAGCCACUGGACACGGUGGAGGUUUUCGAUCUUGCUCAAGGAGACUGGGAAUGCUGGUCAUGCUUGCCAGUGGGUUUAAGCUGUUGCAGUGCCGUGUCCGUUCACAGGCUGCACAGUGUGGUGGCUAUGGGCUGUGACGAUCAGCGUACACGAUUGUUCUGCGGCGAUCUGGCCGCAAAGGCGUGGACAAGCCUUCCUGCAAUGCCUCGGGAAAGGUGGCAACCCGCCCUAUUGCAGCUCGCAGAGUACUUGAUCACGAUAGGCGGCAUGGUGCUUCCAGAUGAAGACAUUGGAGCUGUUGAUGUUUUCGACAUGCGGACUGGUCAAUGGACAUCAGGCAAUCAUGGCUUGCACGUCCCUGAUAUGCCAGAGUCGCGUACUGACCCCGCCGUAUGCGCGUGCACCGGCCGAGUCUACGUGCUUGGAGGGAUGAAAGCAGGACCAGUGGAGACCGUGGAAUGUCUUGACUUGUGGUCAAGACAGUGGCACAGGCUUCCGGAUAUGAAGGAGGCCUUCUCGGCUGCAGGCACAGCAAUAUCCUGUGUGUGA